UUUUUCUCUUUUUUUUCUGCAGAAGCAGCAUAGGAUUUGCAAUAGUUUUGGUAGCUGCAGAGUAUAAUGGCAUCUCAGAUUUGUGCUAACCAAUAUGACAUUUCUAAGGCUGUGCUGAAUGUCAGCAGGGCAGCAGAUGUGAAAGAGGAAUUUGAGCUGCAAAUGAAAUCCAAAACCAACUGGGAAACCUACCUUGUGCCUGGGCCAAUGACCAUAGCUCUUUUAGGAGAAUUAAUUAUGAUAUCAGCAAGUAAUGAUUUUUCAAUCAAAAAAAAUGCUCCAAAAGAUGGAUACAAAUACAUUAGGUACCUAGAAUCCUUCCGAGCCUGUCUUAUGCAGGUAGCAAAUGAAGGCUAUGAUGCAUUUAGCAUGGCACACAGGAAUAUGGAUGAAAUCCGUCUGCACUCCAUGAAUAUUCCUGACUACAUAAAGCAAAUUGUUCAGAUUCUUGUUCAAGGAGAUGAUCAGCUUGUGCAAUUAUUACUACCAGAUCAUCUGAUUAAUAUGAAAGACAUUUCUGAGGAAUGCACAGCCUUAUCUGCUGCAGUUGAGAACAAAUUUUCAUCUGUUAUUCACACUGUCCAAGAGCUUCUUGAAGCAUGUGUAAAUGCAAAUAAAGUUUAUCAAGAAAACUUGGAAGACAUUCAAACCUCCAUUGAAACAACAAAGAUGAAAGAAAAAGCAGCAAAAGAGACAAAAGAAACGAUUGAGAAACAGAUGAACAAGAUGGAGAAGUUUGUGGACGAAGCCCAUAGUCAACUCAACACUGCUUUAAAUUCCACGCCCAGUGGGCUUGACAUGGUUGUUAUCGAUCUUAUACAUGGAAUUUGGGAUGGUUUCACUACAUUAGGCUCUUCAAUUGCAAAUAUAUGUACUGGAAAACGGUCUGCAAAAAGCAAAUGCAAUACAGUACGUAGAGAGGAUGCAAGUGAAAACAAGCAGGUGUGUCAUAUAGAUGAAAUACCUAUAUACUUAAAGUCAAACAUACUUUUACAAUAUGCUUUCCGACUGACAGAUUACCUUGAUAAAGAUAAGAAGCUAGACAUGCAGAAAGUGUAUGAUGCAAGGAGGGACAUAGUAACUUCAGACUGGAUAAAAGCAGGAUUUGAUGAAGUUCACAAAAAUAUGGCAGGAGAACAUGACUGUGCUCCAAAACAUUUGGCACUUGAAAUAUGCAGAAUGGGAAUUCAUGUCUGUAAUGAACUAAGUGCUUUAGCAAAAUCAAAUAAAGGCAAUUCUAAUGACAAUACAAAGAUAACAGAAGAUAUUCAAGAGCUUUUAAACAAAGCUGAAACAUUUAAUUCUUUAAAUAAAAAAACAACGAGUGCACCAGCAUUCAUUCCACAAUCCCCUAAUAUGGUAAAUAUGCCUCCUCGGACUGGGGGAUUCCAAUCUGAACGAUUGUGUCAAUUUAAGAUUGAGCAAACAAAGCAGCAGAUGAGAUUUGCUCAGGAAAGUUAUGAUAAAACAUUUGAAGCAAUGAAGAAAGCCAAUGAAGAGCUUAAUGAAAUCAUUGUUUCAAUGCAGAAACUUAAAGUCAAAGAAGUAGAUUUUGACAAAACUGUCAAAAUGCUAAUAAAGGGUAUGAAUGCUUUAGGCAAUGUGAAGGAGCAGUGGGAAAAAAUGGUACGUUUUUUCCAAAUGAUUUCUAGCCAUAUAAAAAUAUGUCUAAACAAAUCAGUUAAACAGUUAGGCAACACAAGCAAAACUAUUUUAAAAUCAGUAACGUACACAUCAAAUUCAUUUGUCAGGGAUUUGAUUUAUCAGCAAGCUUUCCAAGCCUGCAAUAUAGCAAACCACGUCCACAUGAUUUCUGAAACCUAUACUGAGGUUUCAGACCUUUACAUUAUGGACCAAGUCAGUACCCUAGGCAGGCUUAUUGCACUGAACCCUAAUAACUCGGAGUUUGAGAAAGAACGUGCGAAACUUGCUAAAGGGUGUACGAAAGCACAGGCUAGAAUACUUGAGAUUGUAAAAAAGAAGAAAGAAGAGUUUGAAAACAAAACCGAUAUGAGAGUCAAGAAGCUUGAAACUGAACUUCAACCAUUGAUAAGAGGUAUCACUCCUGAAUGUAAGAAGCAGAUUGAAAAGAAUGUGUCAGCAGGUAUGAGACCUCUGACAACAGAUGAACUAUCACAAUUCUGCUAGAUUCUGAAUGCUUAUAUUAAUGAAUCAAAGCCAGAGAUGAACCUGGAAUUGUGAUUCUGCUUUUCUAGUUAUAUUGUUAUGCAUUCAAUCUUUUAUUAGUGCAAAUUAUAAAUAACUGGUCAUUAUUCUGUGUGGCUCUAGCAGCUAGCAAACUCUUAAUAAUUUUGCUAAUACAUAACUGGACAAAAUAAUCUUGUUUAGAUCUGCAGUUUUAUUUACUAGCCUGAUGUAUGAAUUCAUUAAAGCAAAAGGCAUUUAAACAUGCUGUAUUGAUGAAAAAAAUCCAGAUUAAUAAAUUAUUAACUUUA